UCGAAUGCGGACGCCAAGCCUGGCUGAGGCUGCGAAGGACGAGCGGCGCAGGGACCCCGCGGGCGGCUGGGGCUUCCGCGGCGCCCGCCUCUGCUCCCUCCCCUCGGGCGCUGGGUGCCGACCGGCCGGCCGGCCGGCCGGCGCCGCCUCCUGGGAAGAUGGCGCUGCACUUCCAGAGUUUGGCUGAAUUGGAAGUGUUAUGUACUCAUCUCUACAUAGGGACUGAUCUUACACAAAGAAUAGAGGCUGAGAAAGCACUCUUGGAACUUAUUGACAGUCCAGAAUGUCUCAGCAAGUGUCAACUUUUAUUAGAACAAGGAACAACAUCGUAUGCUCAGCUCCUUGCAGCAACAUGUCUUUCAAAACUUGUCAGCCGAGUCAGUCCUUUACCUGUUGAGCAGAGGAUGGACAUCAGAAACUACAUUCUGAAUUACGUGGCAUCACAGCCCAAGCUGGCUCCCUUUGUCAUCCAAGGUCUUAUUCAAGUCAUUGCUAAAAUCACUAAGUUGGGGUGGUUUGAGGUUCAGAAAGACCAAUUUGUCUUCAGAGAAAUUAUUGCUGAUGUGAAGAAGUUUCUCCAGGGUACUGUGGAACACUGCAUAAUAGGAGUAAUAAUCCUUUCUGAAUUGACUCAGGAAAUGAACCUGGUUGAUUAUUCUAGACCUUCAGCAAAACACAGGAAAAUAGCUACCUCAUUUCGUGAUACUUCUCUCAAAGACGUUUUAGUGCUAGCAUGCUCUCUUUUAAAAGAGGUGUUUGCCAAACCUUUAAAUCUUCAGGAUCAAUGUCAGCAAAAUCUGGUAAUGCAGGUCUUGAAACUGGUCCUUAACUGCCUUAACUUUGACUUCAUUGGCAGUUCAGCAGAUGAAUCUGCAGAUGAUCUUUGCAUGGUGCAGAUUCCAACAACUUGGAGAACAAUUUUCCUGGAACCAGAAACAUUGGAUCUUUUCUUCAAUUUGUAUCAUUCACUUCCACCACUACUAUCUCAGUUAGCACUUUCAUGUUUAGUUCAGUUUGCUUCGACAAGAAGGUCCUUAUUUAACAGUCCUGAACGUGCCAAGUACCUUGGUAAUUUAAUUAAGGGAGUAAAAAGGAUACUUGAAAACCCUCAGGGUUUGUCUGAUCCAGGUAAUUAUCAUGAAUUUUGUCGAUUUUUGGCUCGUUUAAAGACAAAUUAUCAGCUGGGAGAAUUAGUUAUGGUGAAGGAAUAUCCUGAAGUUAUUAGAUUGAUUGCUAAUUUUACCAUUACUAGCCUACAGCAUUGGGAAUUUGCUCCUAACAGUGUUCAUUAUUUAUUAACUCUGUGGCAAAGGAUGGUAGCAUCUGUUCCUUUUGUGAAAUCAACUGAACCCCACCUAUUAGACACUUAUGCACCAGAAAUCACGAAGGCCUUUAUCACUUCUCGGUUGGACUCUGUUGCCAUAGUUGUGAGAGAUCACUUAGAUGAUCCACUGGAUGAUACUGCCACUGUGUUUCAGCAGUUGGAGCAGUUGUGUACGGUCAGCAGAUGUGAAUAUGAAAAGACAUGUGCUCUUCUUGUGCAGUUAUUCGACCAAAAUGCACAGAAUUACCAAAAACUUCUGCAUCCAUCUUCUGGUGUAACUGUGGACAUCACCAUUCAGGAAGGACGUCUUGCAUGGCUGGUAUACUUAGUUGGGACAGUUGUAGGAGGAAGAUUAACAUAUACCAGUACAGAUGAGCAUGAUGCUAUGGAUGGAGAAUUAUCCUGUCGAAGACAGACAUCUUCCUGUGAAGGGCUUGUGGCAAACCUAUCCAACUCGGGUUUCUUCUUCCUUGAGAACGAUCUGAUUCAUCAUCAUCUGAACCAGGGAUCACAGUCUAAGGUCCAGGUUGUACGCCUGAGGAGUGAUAUACCCAGAGUUCCAGAGAAGGCUUGGAAAAUAGUUAAGGUAUAUGCUCGUAUGUCAGAAGUCUUAGGAAUAACAGAUGACAACCACGUUCUAGAAACAUUCAUGACAAAAAUUGUUACAAACCUUAAAUACUGGGGAAGAUGUGAGCCUGUAAUUUCAAGGACUCUUCAGUUCCUAAAUGACCUUUCUGUUGGUUAUAUCCUUUUAAAAAAACUUGUGAAGAUAGAUGCUGUGAAAUUCAUGCUAAAAAACCACACGAGUGAACACUUCCCUUUUCUUGGCAUCAGUGACAAUCAUAGUCUCAGCGACUUCAGGUGUCGAACAACCUUCUACACAGCGCUCACUCGCCUUCUGAUGGUAGAUCUAGGUGAAGAUGAGGAUGAAUUUGAGAAUUUCAUGCUGCCUCUUACAGUUGCUUUUGAAACAGUAUUACAAAUAUUCAACAACAACUUUAAACAAGAAGAUGUAAAGCGUAUGUUGAUCGGGCUGGCAAGAGAUCUUCGAGGGAUUGCCUUUGCACUGAACACAAAGACCAGCUACACCAUGCUGUUUGACUGGAUGUACCCAACGUACCUUCCCCUUCUUCAGAAUGCUGUUGAACGGUGGUAUGGAGAGCCAGCAUGUACAACUCCCAUCUUGAAACUUAUGGCAGAACUUAUGCAAAACAGAUCCCAGCGUUUGAAUUUUGAUGUAUCAUCUCCUAAUGGAAUUCUUCUCUUCAGAGAAGCUAGUAAAAUGGUUUGCACUUAUGGUAAUCAGAUCCUGUCCCUUGGGAGCCUCUCAAAAGAUCAGAUUUAUCCAAUGAAACUCAAGGGCAUCUCCAUCUGCUAUUCAGCUCUCAAGUCUGCCUUGUGUGGAAAUUAUGUCAGCUUUGGCGUCUUCAAGUUGUAUGGGGACAACCAUUUUGACAAUGUACUCCAGGCUUUUGUCAAAAUGCUGCUGUCAGUGUCCCACAGUGACUUGCUACAAUACCGGAAACUGAGCCAGUCUUAUUAUCCACUCCUGGAAUGUCUCACUCAGGACCAUAUGAGCUUCAUCAUCAACUUAGAGCCUCCUGUACUCAUGUAUGUUCUCACAUCUAUCUCAGAGGGACUCACUACUCUUGAUACAGUUGUCUCCUCCAGCUGCUGUACCAGUUUAGACUACAUCGUCACCUACCUCUUCAAGCACAUAGCAAAAGAGGGCAAGAAGCCACUUCGAUGCAGAGAGGCUACCCAGGCUGGUCAGAGACUAUUACAUUUUAUGCAGCAAAACCCAGAUGUCCUGCAGCAGAUGAUGUCUGUCCUCAUGAACACCAUUGUCUUUGAAGACUGUCGGAACCAGUGGUCAGUAUCCAGGCCUCUCCUGGGGCUCAUCCUGCUCAAUGAGAAGUAUUUCAGUGAACUGAGAGCAAGUUUGAUAAACAGCCAGCCCCUCCCCAAGCAGGAGGUCCUUGCCCAGUGCUUCAGAAACCUAAUGGAAGGAGUGGAGCAGAACCUGUCCGUCAAGAACAGAGACAGGUUCACCCAAAAUCUGUCUGUAUUCAGAAGAGAUGUGGCAGAGGCGUUGCGCAGUGAUGGCAACACUGAACCAUGCGGCCUCGACAUGAUGAGCUGACCCGACUUUUCUGACCAUGUGCGGAGCAGCCUUUGUCAAGAGACUCCUGAAGGUCUGGGUCUCAGGACAGUGAUGUUGGCUAGCCCAGGGGAAUGUAUUUUUCAAAACAUACAAGCAACAGCAAAAGCCCUAACUUCUUAUACGUCUAGCCUAAUUAUAAGAAUUUCUAACAGUACCAGUGUAAAUUCAGUCUUUUCUCUGAAAAGCAAAGGAUGUGUUUUCAGUCUUUCUAUCAAAUAUUAUCUUUGUUCUCCUAAUGCUCUGAAAGGAUGUAGAAACAAUAUUUAACCAAAGAACGUAAUAAACCAGGUUUGCACCUAAGUGUGUACUAGUUUAUGGUUCUGCAAUCAAGGUUGUCAAUUUGUUGGAGAUGCAGCCUUCACCAUGGAUCCUGGAUUGAGACGAAUGCCAUUGGAACCUGUUAAAUGAGUAGUUUGUUAUGUGUCUGGAAGAAGCAGCGUUAGGGACUUUGGGCUGUGAGCAUUUAGAACGAGCCUGGAAGCACUACAGAGCAUCCCACAGGACCACACGCAGGCCUCCCUGCCUCAGCUGCAUCUGAUAAAGUUGAGAGACAGUAACACAAUUAAAUGACUUACAAACAAUGUUUGCUUUUCACUGGCAUAAAUCUGAAGUGGUUCAGUCUAGAAGAAUUAAGCUGUGCAAUUACUGCCUGCAGAGAUAUUUCUUCAGGAGGAGUCAUGUAGCCCCAGUCAGAAGUUCUGGGUGGUGCCAGCACCCAGUCCUCUGCCUCCAUUUAAUUUUUAAGAGAAGGUGAAGGUAACUAUUAGAAUAUAAUAUUUGAAGCAGCUCUGCCUUCUUAGGGCUACCCAAAACAGUUCUAGGUGCUAAAAUUCAGAUUUUCAGAGGAUGAGAAAUAGCUGGUUUCCAACUCUCCACAAAAACUCUUAUUACUGUUGGGACUUGGGAUUCUGACUUAACCCAAACCCAGAACAUGAAGAAGACCUUUACAGUUUGUGCUCUACUGUUACUAGGCUAUUAAUUUGAGAUCGCCCACUGUCAAGUGUUUUACUAUCUCACUGCUGUUUUUAUGAUUCAGGCUUAUAACAAAUAUUGUAUCCUUUAUUUCUGAUAAGACAUGAAAGGUUGGCCUUACUGUUGAACAAUAAGUAAAUCCACAGGCUCCUGUUGUAA